CGGAGCGGAGCGCCUGGCGGCUGCCCCGGCACCCCCACCCUCGGCGGCCGCCCAUGCCCGCGGCGCCCUGGGCCCGCGGCCCUCCCCAGCGCUGCGCUGCGCCGCCCUGCCCGGCGGGGGCGGGGCCGGGGCCGGGCUGGCGAGGCCGGGCCGGGCCGCAGGGCGGCCGCGGGGAUGCGGGGCUGGCGGAGGAACCUCGCGCUCUGCCUGCAGCGGCUGCCGGACGAAGACGAUGGGCCCUACUCCAAAGGAGGCAAGGAUGCAGGAGGGGCCGACGUUUCCCUGGCGUGCCGCAGACAGAGCAUUCCAGAGGAGUUCCGAGGGAUCACUGUGGUGGAGCUGAUCAAGAAAGAAGGCAGCACGCUGGGCCUGACUAUCUCAGGUGGCACCGACAAGGAUGGAAAGCCCAGGGUCUCCAACCUGAGACCUGGGGGACUUGCAGCCAGGAGUGAUCUGCUGAACAUUGGUGACUAUAUUCGGUCUGUGAACGGGAUCCACCUGACCAGGCUCCGCCACGAUGAGAUCAUCACCCUGCUCAAGAAUGUGGGCGAGCGCGUGGUGCUGGAGGUGGAGUAUGAGCUGCCCCCGCCCGCUCCUGAGAAUAACCCAAGGAUCAUUUCAAAGACAGUGGACGUCUCCCUCUACAAGGAGGGCAAUAGCUUUGGCUUUGUCCUUAGAGGAGGUGCCCAUGAAGAUGGGCACAAGUCCCGCCCACUUGUCCUGACCUACGUGCGGCCCGGUGGCCCUGCCGACAGGGAGGGCUCCCUGAAGGUGGGCGACAGGCUGCUUAGCGUCGAUGGAAUCCCGCUGCACGGGGCCAGCCAUGCUACCGCCCUGGCCACCCUGCGGCAGUGCAGCCACGAGGCACUCUUUCAGGUGGAGUAUGAUGUGGCCACCCCUGACACGGUGGCUAAUGCUUCGGGACCCUUGAUGGUGGAAAUAGUCAAGACACCCGGGUCCGCCCUGGGCAUCUCGCUCACUACCACCUCCCUCCGGAACAAGUCAGUCAUCACCAUCGACCGCAUCAAGCCAGCCAGCGUGGUGGACAGGAGUGGAGCCCUGCACCCUGGAGACCACAUCCUGUCCAUCGAUGGCACCAGCACGGAACACUGCUCUCUGCUUGAGGCCACCAAGCUCCUGGCCAGCGUGUCGGAGAAGGUGCGGCUGGAGAUCCUGCCUGUGCCCCAGAGUCAGCGGCCACUGAGGCCCUCAGAGGCAGUGAAAGUGCAGAGGAGUGAGCAGCUGCACCGCUGGGACCCCUGCGUGCCCUCCUGCCACAGCCCCCGGCCCGGCCACUGCAGGAUGCCCACCUGGGCCACACCUGCUGGCCAGGACCAAAGCCGAUCCUUGUCUUCAACUCCCUUUUCCUCGCCGACCUUGAACCACGCCUUUUCCUGCAACAACCCCAGCACCCUUCUCCGUGGAUCCCAGCCCAUGAGUCCUCGAACUACAAUGGGGCGGAGGAGGCAGCGAAGAAGGGAACACAAGAGCUCGUUGUCACUGGCCUCCAGCACGGUGGGGCCAGGCGGGCAGAUUGUGCACACGGAGAUCACGGAGGUCGUGCUCUGUGGAGACCCCCUCAGCGGCUUUGGCCUCCAGCUCCAGGGCGGCAUCUUCGCCACCGAGACCCUGUCCUCCCCACCCCUCGUGUGCUUCAUCGAGCCUGACAGCCCGGCUGAGAGGUGUGGGCUGCUGCAGGUGGGGGACCGUGUCCUGUCCAUCAAUGGCAUCGCCACCGAGGAUGGGACUAUGGAAGAAGCCAACCAGCUCCUGCGGGAUGCCGCGCUGGCCCACAAGGUCAUGCUGGAGGUGGAGUUCGAUGUGGCAGAGUCCGUCAUCCCAAGCAGUGGCACCUUCCACGUGAAGCUGCCCAAGAAGCGCGGCGUGGAGCUGGGCAUCACCAUCAGCUCGGCCAGCAGGAAACGAGGGGAGCCCCUGAUCAUCUCCGACAUCAAGAAGGGCAGCGUGGCACACAGGACGGGCACCCUGGAGCCAGGCGACAAGCUACUGGCCAUUGACAAUAUCCGCCUGGACAACUGCCCCAUGGAGGACGCCGUGCAAAUCCUGCGGCAGUGUGAGGACCUGGUGAAGCUGAAGAUCCGGAAGGAUGAGGACAACUCUGACGAGCUGGAGACCAUGGGUGCCGUCAGCUACACAGUGGAGCUGAAGCGCUACGGGGGCCCCCUGGGCAUCACCAUUUCGGGCACGGAGGAACCUUUUGACCCCAUUGUCAUCUCAGGCCUCACCAAGCGUGGCCUGGCUGAGAGGACUGGUGCCAUCCACGUGGGGGACCGCAUUCUGGCCAUCAACAGCGUUAGCCUCAAGGGCCGGCCGCUGAGUGAGGCCAUCCACCUCCUGCAGAUGGCUGGAGAGACUGUCACACUGAAGAUCAAGAAGCAACUAGACCGCCCCCUCCUACCCCGCAAGUCGGGCAGCCUCAGUGAGACCAGCGAUGCUGAUGAGGACCCAGCAGAUGCCCUGAAAGGAGGCCUGCCAGCAGCCCGCUUCUCGCCAGCGGUGCCCAGCGUGGACAGUGCUGUGGAGUCUUGGGACAGCUCGGCCACCGAGGGUGGCUUUGGGGGCCCAGGGUCCUAUGCACCACAGGCAGCAGCCCGGGGCAUGACCCCCCAGGAGUGGAGGCCUGGCCGGCUGAGGGGCAGCCCCCCACCCACCGAGCCCCAGAGGACGAGCUACACCCCGACCCCAGCUGACGAGAGCUUUCCAGAGGAGGAGGAGGAGGAGGAGGAGGAGGAGGAGGAGGAUUGGGAGCCGCCAACGAGCCCAGCCCCUGGCCCUGCCCGAGAGGAGGGCUUCUGGCGCGUGUUUGGAGAAGCUCUCGAAGACCUGGAGUCAUGUGGUCAGUCAGAGCUGCUGAGGGAACUGGAGGCAUCCAUCAUGACGGGCACCGUGCAGAGGGUGGCCCUCGAGGGCAGGCCUGGCCACCGGCCUUGGCAGAGGGGCCGGGAGGUACGAUCCUCUCCUGCAGAGAUGGAGGAGCUGUUACUGCCUACACCCUUGGAGAUGCACAAGGUGACCCUGCAUAAGGACCCCAUGCGGCAUGACUUUGGUUUCAGCGUCUCAGAUGGCCUCCUGGAAAAAGGUGUCUACGUCCACACUGUGCGCCCUGAUGGGCCAGCCCACCGCGGGGGCCUCCGGCCCUUUGACAGGGUCCUGCAGGUCAACCACGUCCGUACACGGGACUUCGACUGCUGCCUGGCAGUGCCACUCCUGGCCGAGGCGGGCGAUGUCUUAGAGCUGGUCAUCAGCCGCAACCCGCACACAGCACACAGCAGCCGGGCCCCCCGAGCGCCAGGCCCCAGCAGUCCCCGGAUGCUCUGAAGUCAGCAUGUGGGCCGAUCUCCUAAGGGGCCACCCAGGCAGAUCCUGGCUCCCAGACACGUAGCUGGGCUGGAGAAGCGGCCACCCACUCAUUCGUCUGUUGGUCUGGCAGACUCUGAGCCUGGGAUGAUGCUUGGUCUCUGUUCCCCAGGUCUGUGGUGACUGGGGUGCCAGGCAGGGAGGUCAUGCCCUAGUUGGAGUGACAGCUGGGGUCUCUCGCUAAGUUGGGUCUCCAAGAUGCCCAGAGGAGCCUCCCUUAAGAAGGGUUGGCACAGGCUGCUCAGCCGAGGAGAGAGGUCUGGGGGCUGUCCCAGGUCUCUGUGGGGCCUCCUUGGAGAGGUCGAAGAUGUAGGGAGCACUUCCUCCCAGCAGAGCCAUGGAGCUGGAAUGAGCUGCAAGGAGGAGGGAGUUCUCGGUCACAGGAGGUGAGCAGGCAGGAGCUGGAUCCCCCAGCGCAGUCAUGCAUUGGGGCAUGAGGCAUUCCCAUGAUGCGUGCACACGCGCUCGGGGGUUGGCUUCCUGAUGGGGAGCCACUUCGUCUAGAGACUCGGCCACCAGGAAGGAUGCUGCUUCAGAUGGGAGCCCAGCUCCUUCGCUUCUCCAGAAUGGGGGUUUGGGGCUUGCUAGUCCUGAGAUUCUGAGAUUCCCAGAAUCUGGUCCCCACUUAUGAGACUCUUAAGUUGGGGCUUCUGGGAUCCCAGGAAGUGCUGGCCCUUUGAUUCUGAAAGUGGGUGAUUCUUUCAUUUCAGCAUCUCAGUCUGAAGCUUCUGGGACUUGAGACUGUGGUUCUGGGCCCAUUGGGCAGGCUCUAUGGGCCUUGGGCUCUCAGCCCUCCUGCUUCUUCUGUAGGCCGUGUGGCCACUGACCCAUCUGCACGCCCGCACAGCCCAAGCCCCUCCAUGUGGGAGGGGUCAUUUUGGGGCAAAGGACCCUGGAGCUUCCAUUCACCUGCCAUCCAACGAAGAUUGAAAAGCGAUGGACGCAGGACCUGUGAGGCGGUAGCGCUCCUCUUUACAGCCAGAUUAGUGGAGGAAGAGGAGAAAGAGGGAGGGAGAUGGGAGAGAAAUGGGCCAGAGAAAAAGAUGGGACACUCUUGCCCAGUGGAGGGUGUCCAAAGUGCUUAUUCAAAGAAGUCUAUUCCCACUUGAAAUCUGGAAGCACCAGCAUCCCUUAAAAUCAUUGUCCUCAAUGUCCACAAAUCAGAGACCCUCUUCAUUUUGAGAAGGGUGCGGGCCUCCCCUGGUGGUCUAGCGAGUGGUGCCUGGGAUGGAGUGGGCAGGCGGGUGUAGCCAGGGCUGGGGAUGUGCUUUGCCUGGCCCAGUUCUCACAGGGGUCUCAGGAAAACGGGGCACCCACUCCCACCUCCAUCUGUCUCCAACCUGGGGUCCCUGGAGGCCAGAAAAGUGCUCUUCCAUUUGAGGGAACAGAUGAGGAGUCAAGAGGUCUGUUCUUUUCACCCUGGGUCUGUUACAUGUUUGCUGUGUGACCCUGUCUGGGUUGGACCCCAAGCCCCUCUGGACGAUCACAGGUGGACAGUCUGAUCAGACACAGGCCUCCUGGUCAGGGCCAGAAGUAUCUCUGCCGACCCACCAAGGCCCCCUUGGGGAUCUGCCCACGCUGUCUCCUGGUGGCUUGCCUCCCUUACCCCUCCCCUCCACUUCUCCGAGCCCUGCCCCUCGGUGCCCUCCCUGAGGGCCCUGCAUGCUUGUGCCUGGGGUGCUCAGCGCCUCUGCUAUCUUGGAUUCCUGUGUACUCAGCCCAGGGUGAAAGGGCACUGUCUACCUGUCACAGGGCACCAAGUGAAAGCCAAGAGCCCUCACUUUUGGGGGUGAGGGACAGCACAGCAGAGGUGUGGCUUCUGGACGAAAGCAGCCAUAGCUGUGUGACCUUGGACAGGUGGCUCAGCCUCUCUGGACCUCUGCUAAGCAACAGGGCUGGACAGGACACACUCUCAGGGCCUCUCGGCUUGGGAAAACUGCAUUGACUCCAGGACUCCAGGCGAGGGAAGAUGCACCCGACUCUUAACUAAUACCCCCUCUCCCUCCUCGGGCUGAGGCCUCUGCCAUUCUCCCAAACGUAUGCAAUCAGGCCCGCGGUGGGCCUCCCAGCCACGCCGGCCUCCUCAUAUGCAAUAUUUCUUCUGGCUUCUCAUGGGGAUGGUUCAUCCCCGACUUGACAUUUCCUGACACCCUUCCCCAGUGAGCACCCUGCCUGCCUAUGCAUUUUGAGAACAGCCCCUGUGACAUGUCCCCUUCUACCUGCCCCCUCCCCCAAAGCUGUAUUUUUCUCUGGCUGAGAUUAGAACAUAUUCCUUGUAAAGUAUUUUUCUACAUUGGGUUUUCUUAGGGCUCUUGGGAAGCACAAGGGGCUGUAUUGCAAAGGCCGCUUACGGUCUGUUUGGGGCCCUCGUCUAAGUCUUUGUCCCACCAGGGGUUGCAGUGGCUUGGGGGUAAGUGCUAUGGGGAUGAUUUUUUAAAAUAAAAUUAUUUAAAUCCA